UGGCGCAAAUAGUAUUUGAAGAAACUUUACUUACGAUGAUGCUUCUACUGUUGUUCUUUGCCACGCAAUCUCUGGUUUUUGCACUCGACUAUAAAAAACCAGUGGAAUUUGCGUGUGUUCAUGACCAAAGUCAGACAAAAUUCAAUAAUUUUGCAAUUGGCUUGAAAACUGCUACCAAAAAGGCAAUCGAUGGAAUGGUUGGCAAUCGCAAGAGAAUUAAUCUACAUUUUUUGGGAUAUGAAAAUGAGCUACAAAAUUCUAGUGUUUCGAAUUUCCAAGCGGCAAAAGAAUUUAUGAAAUCAUCAAAUGUGGCCGUGUGUUUGGUUCAAUAUGCAUAUCGUUCCGGCGAUCAUUUGGAUGACCCAAAUUGGUACCAAAAUUUAAUUAAAGAAAGAUCGAGUUUUGUGGCUGAUGUUGCGCUCGAUUUUAUUGUUACUAUUAAUCGCAUCAAGAAAGUGAGCCUGGACAAUGUGUUUCUAAGUGGAUUUUGUCUUGGAUGCAAUGUAGCUGCCAUGGUUGGAGAGAAGGUCAAAGAUCGUUUCUUUGGAAAGCCAAUUUCAAAGGUCGGCGUACUCACAGCAAUCGAUCCACCACGCGCCGGUUUUUCGGAACGAGGCGCAAAUCGUGUUAACAAAUUGAAUGCUGCAUUUGUAAUUGGAAUUCACACGUCAACCCAAAGUUAUACUGAAUCUUUUGGUCACGUUGACAUCUAUGUGAAUGAUCGGGAACAGUUCUCGCCUGGAUGUAAAGAUCAAUCAGCUUGCAGCCAUUUGGUGGGUCAUGAUCUUUAUAAAUUCAUUGUUGCUAAAAGUAAGGCACUUCCAUCCAUAAAUGGUAAUCCAGUCGCUUUUAAAGAUCCAAAAUGCGCGAAAAAAGUAUGCAAAGAGGGUGAUCAUUUUGUUAUCAGUCUCACUGAUAUUGUUACCGAUACGAAAAAGUAUGGUGAUUACUUUUUAAAUACCGGAGACAUUUUCGAGAAGCCCAGCGAAGAAUUGAUCGGUAUACAUUGAAUCCAAAUGGAAUUAAACUUUUUUGUUUUUUAAUUAAAUAAACAAGAAAAAAUCAUGGAAAGUCAUUGGAAUCAACCAAAUUUUAUUGAAAAAA